AUGGCACUUGAUAAGGCCAGUAAAGACUUGUCUACAUCUUUUCGGGUUAUGCCCGAUCAGAGUACAGACUAUAGAAUUGUUGUUCUUGGUAGUGCUGGAGUCGGUAAAACAAAUUGUGUGCUGCGUUUUGUAAAUGGUCAAUUUCGUGAAAAUUAUAUCCCAACCGUUGAAGAUACAUAUCGGCAAGUCGUAUCUUGUAAUAAACAAAUAACAACUUUACAGAUAACUGACACUACUGGUACACAUCAAUUUCCAGCGAUGCAACGAUUAAGUAUACAAAAAGGACAUGCAUUUAUAUUAGCUUAUUCUAUAACAAGUAAACAAACAUUUGAAGAUUUAAAACCCAUCUAUAAUCAAAUACGUGAAAUAAGAGUUGAUCAACAAAAUGAAACUCCUAUCCUACUAAUGGGUUGUAAAUUAGAUGAAGCAGCAUGCCGUGAAGUAACUGAAAAUCUUGGUAAACAACAUGCAACACUAUGGUCAUGUGCAUGGAUUGAAACAUCAGCAAAAACAAAUACAAAUAUACGUGAAGCAUUUCAAGAACUUCUUAAACUAGACAAAAAAAGACAAUUUAAUUUUAAUGUUGAUCAAGACGGACAUUUAAUUGAAGAUAAUAGUAGUUCAAUAGCACACUCAUCUCCUUCUCCACAUGGUGGUAAACGAUCAACACCAACAAAUUCCAGUUUAUCGGCAAUUACAAAUAGUGCAAGUAGUUCAAAUGUAACUGAAACAGUAACACGGCCCACAACACCCAUUGUAUAUGGAAACAAAUCCAAGCGAACAUCGGUUAUGUCGACAUCAAAUACGUCAACAACAAGUGUAAAAAAAGGUGCACGAUCUACUAUUGAACAAAUAAAUCCAAGUGAUAAUUCCGGUGGAUCAAAUAAGGUUUCAAAUUCGGAUUCAUCAGACAAUCGACCUUCAAGUAGAAAAUGUUCAAUUAUGUAG